UCAGUUGAAUUAGAUUCUAAUUUCUUGAGUGGUCGGUUUGUGUUAAUCGAAAGUGCGUGCCAAGUGUUUUUGUUGUUUUAGCUUAAAUAUUUUGAAUCACAGUUUUUUUCCAAUUCUAUUUUGAGACAUUUUGAAAUUAUUUCCUUUCGGUAGUACUAAUACGUUUUGUUUUAUACGUUGUUACCGAACUUUGCGUUUUAAAAGUGAAGCCAAGUUUCGAAGGCAUAAAAUCUAAUUAGUUCGUGAAGCUUCCAUGCUCCUUCAAACAGAAUGGACAAUAUACUUAACCAAUCUAGUUCAUCGAAAGGCAGGCAAUAGCCUCCGGGGCGGCAGCCGCGGGAAGCGCGAAUCAUGACGCGCUUUAGCCACGUCAGUGCGCCUAACGCGAGCUCGGCACCGCCGUAUGAGCUGACGGCGAGCGCGGGCAGCUGCGCCGACGCGGGCGGCGCGCUGCUCCCGGCGCAGCCGCACCAGCCACCCUCCUCGCAGCCGCGCCAUGACCCGCGCAAGAGACCUAAGGACAAGCACUUUGGCGCUGACCGAUUCGAAAUGUCCAGCUGCGAGCCGAACCUGCACGCCCCAGCCAUACCCUCCUCGCCGAGCUCCAAUCGUAAACGCAAGGGAUCAUCUUAUGGAGCCGGCAGCGCAUGCGACGACGACGGCGACGAUGACACCCGCUCCACCCUCACGCUUCCCGACAAGAAGCAAAACCACUCCGAGAUAGAAAAACGGCGGCGCGACAAGAUGAACACAUACAUAACGGAGCUGAGCGCGAUGAUCCCGAUGUGCGGCGCGAUGGCUCGCAAGUUGGACAAGCUGACGGUGCUGCGCAUGGCCGUGCAGCACCUGCGGUCCGUGCGCGGCGCGCUGUCCGCCUGCCCGCUCACCGCGCGCCCGCGCCCCGCCUUCCUCUCCGAGCGCGAGCUCAACGAACUCAUCCUGCAAGCAGCGCACGACUGCUUCCUGCUCGUGGUUGGCUGCGACCGAGGCAGGCUCUUGUACGUGUCCGCCUCCGUUAAGAGGAUGCUCCAAUACGAUCAAUCGGAGCUCCUGGGACAAAGCCUGUUUGACAUCCUGCACCCAAAAGACGUGGCAAAAGUGAAGGAGCAAUUAUCUUCCUCCUACCUCAGUCCUCGGGAACGACUUAUCGAUGCAAAGACGAUGUUGCCGGUAAAGGCAGACCUGGUGACGGGCGCGUCGCGGCUGUGCCCGGGCGCGCGGCGCUCCUUCCUGUGCCGCAUCAAGUGCAAGCUGGACAGUGAGCCGCCGCAGCAGCCCGCGCUCGUCAAGGAGGAAGCCGACCCCACCAAGAUAAGGAAGAAAGUCAACGAGAAGAAGUUCUGCGUCGUUCAGUGCACAGGUUACCUAAAGCUGGCAGCGCCGGUGGAGGUGUGCGUGGGCAGCGGCGAGAGCGGCGACGACGGCGACGGCAGCAUGUCGUGCCUGGUGGCCAUCGGGCGCGCGCUGCCCGACCCCGCGCCCGCCGCGCCGCGCACCCCCGCGCCGCCCACCAGGCGCCUGCAGUUCGUCUCCCGACACGCCACGGACGGGAAAUUUGUCUUUGUCGACCAGAGGGUGACGCUGGCGCUGGGUUUCCUACCACAGGAGCUGCUGGACACGAGCCUGUACGAGUACGUGGGCGCGGGCGCGCUGGGCGCGGUGGCGCGCGCGCACAAGGCCGCGCUGCUCAGCCGCCAGCCGCUGCUCACGCCGCCCUUCACCUUCCGCCGCAAGGACGGCUCGCUGGCGCGAGUGCAGACACACUUCAAGCCGUUCAAGAACCCGUGGACUAAGGACAUCGAGUACCUGGUGGCCAACAACACCAUCCUCGGCGAGACCGACGCCGCGCUCAUGCCCGACUCGGAGCUUGGCUCCUUCGAUAUCUAUAAACACAAGGCGAACGCCGCAGAGGCCGGGGCUUCGACCAACGAAGACGCGAGUGACUUUCAGAGUGGGGUUUCAGAACUGGACCUGGAUAUGCAGCGGCUGAUAGAUUCGCAGGUGGACUCGCACAAGAUCGGCAGCGCCAUCGCGACGGAGGCGCUGCGCCGCUCGCCGCCCGGCUUCUCGCCCGACCUGCCGCCGGACGUGCUGCAGGACGCCGUCUUCUUGCAACAGCCAAACCUGGUGGACAACAUGUUCGGCGUGGAGAUGGGCAACUUCAACCAAGUGCGCAACAACGUGUCGCUGAGCGCGGCGGGCGGCGAGAGCCCGCCGGUGCCGGGCGCCGAGCUCCCGGGCUCGCCGCCCUCCGUGUCGCCGCCGCUGCAGUCUCUCGGCCUCGACGGGAACGGCGAGGCCGCCAUGGCCGUCAUCAUGAGCCUGCUCGAGGCCGACGCCGGCCUCGGUGGACCCGUCAACUUCUCCGGCCUGCCGUGGCCGCUGCCUUAAAUUACCUACACAUUUGUUUAUCGGUCACCACUUCACCAUGGUUUUCGUGGCAAGGAAAUUCUUUAUCGUCGGCAAUUUAGAAGCUAGGAACCUACAUAGGUACUCUUAUAUCUAUAUAGGUAAGUUAUCUCAUUCUUCGGUCUACUAUUGCUAUUUCUUACGGCGGCCCGAUAAUUUGUGUUAAGGAAUAAGGCAUUACGGUUUCCUAUUCAUUUAAAAAUGAAUUCAACAGGUUCCUAGUUAUCUGUCCUAAACUCCUGAAAUCCAUCGCAUAAUAAGUUGAGAUCUCGGGCAUAAAUACCACGUCAAUAUAAUUUGUUUUAAUUUGAAUUACGAUACACAACCUUGCCGAAUUUCGUAACGAAAAUAAUGUUAACCGAACAUGACUGAAAUAUCACGUUUUGGAGGGCCAUCCUGAGCCAUGAUGAUGACUUGACGAAAAAACUGCAAAGCCUUCUAGAAUUUUUGCAAACGAAAGUUGAAUUUAUCAGUUAAAAUAAGCGGGAAUACUAUACUCAUUAACCGACUAACCGACCUGCAACAAUGAUGAGAUACGUGGCGUUGCAUGGCAAGUAAAUAUUUACUUGCCUCUGGUUAUGUGCUUUCUUUUCUAAUGCUAAAAACAACAAGGUACGUCAACCUGGGCCACUAUAGAACCAUGUCAUAAUGAAUCGUGUCAUGUUUAUCUUCUACGCCUGUACCUAUUGAGUGAUGUUUGUCCUGUAUCUAGUAGUCAAAGCGACCUAGGCCUAGGAUCCAAACUGCCGGCCUAGCCAAGGUUACAAUCGCUAUCGCUUCGACAACGAAAACCAUUAUGUCUCUCUAUCACACUUCCAUAUUAGUGCGACAGUGACAGUUGCGUUUCGAUCGCUACGGAGCGUAAGCGAUCAGCAUCUUGGCUACGCGGCCUGGUCGACUGUACAUUUAAGUAGAUCAAUAAAACCAUACAUAAUAAACCUACAUAUUAGAGUAAAAAAAGCGACAGACAGUUAAUAAAAUACAUAGGUAACUCUCUUACUCUUGCAACGAGUAUACAAAGCUACAACGACAGAUAGCAUAUCAAUCUAUUUAGUUUAUUAAUUUAUACGUCUCAUUCAUGUUUAAUCGUUUUUUUAUUACGAUACGGUUUUUGUAAAUUCAUAAAACGCUUUAUUUUAGUUUAGUUCGGUAUGAGACACAACCGUAUGUCACAGUAAAGAUAUACCUAGUGCAAUCGUUAAAUCUAACGAAUGUGUACAAUAAGAUAUAACCUGUUGCUUAAAGGCCAGAACACCGGAUGCCUGUGCGUAGACGUGCACGUAAACAUUAUAUUUUUUUACAAAAACAAACCGCUGCGUGCACUGCACGUGUGAAUCUUUGGAACUUGGAAAACAAAAUUGAAACUUUGGUAUUGGGUACUUUCCUCUACUUAAAAUAAAUUAUUUCACACCGCACAAAAUAAAGCACCAGAUCAUUAUUAGAAAAACAUAGAUAGCAGUUAUUUUUAAACACAAUUUCUAUUUAAUAAAUCGGAUGGAAGUAUAAAAAGUAGGUGAGUUGACUGUGACAUAUUAGCGAAUCGUUUUGACAGUUGUUCUAAAAAAGAAGCUGAUUUGACUAGUAGGAAAGUAGCCAAUAAUUGUUCGAGAACACGAAAGUAUUUAACGUUAUAUUAUAUUACACACGUCUACGCUUACGUCGACGCACACGGAAACGGUGUGGCUCAGCCUUUAAACUAUAAUGUGUAUAAUCUAUGUUAUACAGGAUUAGUGAGUGUUGUUUAAGACCGUUCAGUCGACGAGACGAGAGAGAGAGAGAGAGAGACGAGUUAGUACUCGUGCUAUGAGGCCAAAACCACCCUGUAUGAGUCGUAAUUCAAUACUUUAUUUAUGACAACGACGUCAACCAAUUGAAUCACUGAGGGUGGUAUUCCAUCUUUCCAAUAUCUGUGUAAAUGUGCAUUUGAUCAAAUAUUACGAAUGACAUUUAAUUCAAAAUAGAUAGGCAAAUAGUAUAAAAACUUGAACCAAGAUAUUGGAUAAGUGGAAUGGGCCUCCUUCAAAGAAAUUUGUUCAAAUAUGGGAUAUAGAACUUGGACAAAGAUAUUGAAUUGAACAGAUGGAAGACCACCCUAAGUAAAAGUCCCCUAUCACUAAAGUCAAAAGCAGCUAAGAAGACAAUCUUGACAGUUAUGAAUUGACAGUGAUGACUCUGGCUAUCAGAUAAACGGUAGGUCUAAGCGUCGUAAAAUAUAAGGGUCAAUUCAUAACUGUCAAAAUUGACUUCUUAAUAACUUCGAGCAACUAAUUAUAGUCGCACCAAGAAAAGUCUGCAGCGGAUUUGAUAGUGUUAUUUAUACGUAAUCAUUUCAUAGAAAUUUUACGUUUAAAAUGACACUUGCACUGCGUGGGCUAUCAAAAUGACACUUGCACUGCGUGGGCUAUCAAAAUGACACUUGCACUGCGUGGGCUAUCAAAAUGACACUUGCACUGCGUGGGCUAUCAAAAUGACACUUGCACUGCGUGGGCUAUCAAAAUGACACUUGCACUGCGUGGGCUAUCAAAAUGACACUUGCACUGCGUGGGCUAUCAAAAUGACACUUGCACUGCGUGGGCUAUCAAAAUGACACUUGCACUGCGUGGGCUAUCAAAAUGGUUGCAGACUUUUCACGGUCUGACUCUAUAUAAAAAUUAUUCCUUAUAAAAUUAUUGUUGUUAAAUGUGUCUUUUGGGUACAAUUAGUCAUAGUCAUAGUCAUACUAGUAUACGGAUAAUUAUUUAGUAAAACCAAUGAUGAAUGUAUCCUCGGUAUGCAGGGUUAGAUUGAUAAAAAAUAGUACAUAACUGACGAAGGGCGGUGUAAGGAUGAAGAACUUUAUAUCACGGCCUUGGGUUUGUUAUCAUUAUGAAUUCUUAUUUAUUUUCCCGGCCGGAGCUUGUGAAUCGUGGUUGGCUAAAUGUUAUCGUUGUAAUAUGUUUAUUGUUUUUAUUUUUUAAAGAUUUUUAGAUAAGGAUAAAUAAGAUCAUGCAUGAAUAUGUAGGGUGAGCCUUGUAACGCGAGCAAAAAGUUGAACGGUACGUUAGAGUAGUAUAUGAACCAAAAAUGCUUUAAGUAUAUGAAAUUAUGGAAACAUGAAAAAAAAAUCAGUUAAUUUUUGUAAUACCUACUGUUCAAACAAACAUAAAUCGGAUUUAGCCUCUGCGGUAAGUGAUUGACAAUAAAAAAACAACAGAGAUGUUUAAACACUAUCCGUUAAUUGUAUUGAAGGUCAUACUGCAAAUCUAUUUAGUUGGAUUCUAUGGAAGAUACAAUAUCCGUUAGAGAAAAAAAACUGUGCUGUUAUGUUAUACAUAAUUACUUAUGCAUUGCAGUAUGCUUCCAAUCGAUUAUACCUACUUGAUAACGGCGAGUCGAUAGUCGAAUUUUGGCUUACCUACAUUUUUAUUUUAACACUUGUUUUAUCAUUCUAAGACUAUUUGUGUAUUAUUUAUUACUUGAUAAGUCGUAACUAUGUGGCGGAACUACCAUCUGAUUUAUUUAUAUUUAUUAAUUAACUUUAGUUCCGUAGGAAAGAUAUGAAAUUGAUGGGAACAAGAGUGAUGUAGUUGUACAUAGAUACUUAGUAAUAUUUUUUCAUGUUAUUAACAUGUGUAAUCCCACAUGUACGCAUAUACAUAUUUAGCGCAAUUUUAUGAUAUUAUAUUACCAACCAAACGCUACUAUUGUACUUGAGGUCGGGUUUUGUAAGACUGUCAUUAGAUAAUUGGGUAAGGAAUCAUGCCAGUCAAAACGGUCGGAUCUGUAUUGGUCUCAAAGUGAACUAUGUAUCAUCAUCCUUUGGCAUUUUCUAAGUUUUGACUCAUUUUUCUAAACCGGUCUUUAUAAAACCUAUCAGAACUUAAUGAUUAAUGAAAUGGUAUGCUUAAUAUUGUAUUUUUGAUAAUGUUUAUAAAAUUUGAAUCCAAAUUUGUAUCUAGUCUAGCCUUAGAAAAGUCGCUUCAAUGCUCGCGCCCGUGAGGUGUCGGGGUCACGUGCCAUCUUGUCACGGGUAAGCGUCCGCAGACCAUGCAUGGGCCAUGCGAUGCAGGCCUGUGGACGCGUACCUUUAGUAGGCACACCUUCUCCCAUUGGCACCAUAAACGGUUGGUUUCACCCAUUCACACUGGGCCAGAGACCUAGUUUAAUAAUACGAUAAUAACUUUAAAUUCAGAUAUUAUGCCUUUCGCUCGUUAUCGUUUUUUACCGUUUCUUAUAAUCCAGUUCGGUUAUUUUCAGAUCACUAUUGUCUAUACAUUAAUACAAUAGGAUCAAUAUUACCUAUUGAAUAGGUAAUAUUGAUACAUUUUGAUAUAUCAGAUCUGAAGCGAAAUUAAUUUAUUGUGUAGUCGUCAUCAGAUAUAUCGGAGCGGCCAAGAUGCUCACAAAUAUCUGAACACUAUUAUCAAAGCAUUAGAGUGCGUGUUCAUAUAUUUUUAACACGUCGGCCGGUUUGAUAUAUCUGAUGGGGACUCUACCUACUAUAGUAAAUUUAUUUAUAUUGGGUGUUCAAAAUUAUUGAGUCGAUCUUUGUCUAUUUUGAGCGAAAUUAAUAAGGGAGGUUAAUUGUAAAACUUGUUUGGUGCCUCAUGAAUACAUGAAUGAUGAGUGAUGUGCGGUAAUUGCCGACGCCUAAGAUAGUGAGCCAAAGGCUCGGCUUUACAAUGAUCCCCGCUGGGGUCCCUGGGAGUGUCAAUGUCACCGAGCAUCAUCUUACUAUUAUUUGUUAGUAAUGUUAAAUCUUAAUUGGUUCAGUUUGUUCUUAGUAUAUUUUAUUGUUAAAUUUAAAUUGUUUUCUUAUGGCAAAGUUAAUAUUUUUACUAUUUUAUUAAUUUUAAGAUUGCAAUGCGAUAUGUUUAAAUAUUAAUGUUUUGUUGGGGUAGAUGCAAAUAAAAUACAAUUUUUAAUAAAGUUAUACUGCAACCUA